AUGGCGGCAACAGUAGUCCCCUGCAAGUACAGGACAGGUCGCGUCCUCGGCGAAGGCACCUAUGCCACCGUGCGAGAGGCAGUCCAUAUAGAGUCAGGAAAGAGAUAUGCGGUAAAGGUGAUUAGCAAGAAGCUGAUGCAGGGCAAGGAGAACAUGAUCAGGAACGAAAUUGCGGUCUUGGGUCAAAUAUCUGUCGGGCAUGCCAAUAUCCUCACCCUCACCGACUACUUUGAGACCCUCAACAACCUGUACCUGGUGACAGAGUUGGCAGAGGGAGGAGAGUUAUUUGACAGGAUCUGUAGUAAAGGCAGUUACUAUGAACAGGACGCUGCUCAGCUUGUCCAGACUAUCUGUCAAGGUGUCGCCUACCUCCACAGCAAGGAGAUCGUCCAUCGAGAUUUAAAGCCAGAGAACUUGCUGUUCAAGACAAGGGCGGAGGACAGUGAGCUGAUGAUUGCAGAUUUUGGACUGUCAAAGAUCAUUGACAAGGAAAAAUUUGAUCUUCUCACCACCACCUGCGGCACUCCUGGCUACAUGGCACCAGAGAUAUUACAAAAGUCGGGACACGGGAAACCGGUGGACAUGUGGGCAAUUGGCGUGAUCACGUUCUUCUUGCUGAGUGGAUACACGCCCUUUGACCGACAGAAUACUGUCGACGAGAUGCAUGCGAUCAUCAAGUCGGAGUACUCCUUUGGACCGCCAGAGGCCUGGGAUGGGAUCAGUGAUACCGCGAGGGGGUUUGUGAAGGCGCUGCUGAUGGCAAACCCGAACGAACGGAUGACAGCCGUACAGGCAUUGGAUCAUCCUUGGCUCACACAAUACCAACAGCAGCAACCAGCACCACCAACCGCAGCGGCCACUACUGCCAUGGACCACUACUCACAAUACUACCAGUACCCACAACAACAAGUUCAACAGCCCACAUACCAGUAUAUCCAGCGCCCACUCCCUCCACUCCCACUACCACAUCAACACUCGUACGCCACCAACGCCACCACCAAUGCAAAUACCAACAACCACGAAGACGAGACAAUGGACAUGGACGGAGUAGAGUCUACAACAGCGCCACAACACGACUUGUUGCCGAAUAUGAAGGCGCGUAUGCAGGCGCGGCGACGGUUCAAGAACGCGAUCCAGGCUGUCAAGGCGGCCAACAAGUUCCGUGGACUGAAGGAGGAACUUAUGCGACGGCCGCAACCUGAAGAUGUCUCACAUGUUUUGGCGUCGCCUCCUCGUUAA